AUGUCGUUUAAUCAGUUCCGAAUUUCUACGUCGCCGUUCGGUAGCAGUUACCACUCACUCCGAGGUCUGAGGUACAAGUCCAUCGAAGAAGAAUGCGUCUUCUUUGAUGAAAUGGAAUUCGUAAUUACGAAAAAUCCCGUUAAUUUUCUUCACUCUAAGUCAUUGUGCUCGCUUGUUCUAUUGCGUGUUCCUUUCCUCGCACGCAAUUUUCUCCGCACAAAAUGGACUUGCAGCUCCAAACCCCUCAGGUUUUCGUUUUCUUCAUUAAGAGCUUCGUGCGCUUCUUCCUCAACUGUUUAUGGAGGUUGGGACGAUUUCGGCGGUUCAGACGUGCCUGGUGAGUUCGACGCGUUGCGCAAUUUCUUCGUUUCUAUUGGAAUCAAUGAUAGGAAAAACGUUUUCGUUUUCCUCUUUGGCCUUGUUUGCGCGAUGGCGAUUUCUAGAGUUAAGGUUUCUUCUAUCGUUGUCCUUCCUGCUUCUGCGUUGGUUUUUGCCAUUGGUUUCGCGGUAGGGUUUUUUCGAAAUGGAAUGUUCGGUGAUGUGAGGGCAAAUGGAAGUAAGAGGAGGGAGAAGGAGGAGAGUUCGAAGCUAUCUUAUGAGAAAUUGAAGAGUUUGGUGGAGUUUUUUUAUGAGCUUGAUGUUAUGGUUGAGAACUUGAAGAGUGAUGUGCAAAGUUCUAUUAGGAAAAAGCGGAUUCAAGUGGAUGAUUUUUAUGGUUACGUUGAAACCACAGAUAAGAUAAAAUUGUCAGCUUUGAAUGCUAGGGAUAUUUUGCAGAGUGUAGUUGAUAAUGAGGAAAACUCUAGCGGCGUUUUGGUUGAGAACCAUAAGAUUAGUAGAAGAAAAAAACAAGUUGGAGAAACUGGGAACCAGAUGCUACAGUCUAUUGGCAAAUUGUUUGUGGAAAAUUUGCUUAGCUCCAAUUCCACCAAAGUCAGAGAAAAUGUUAAGCAAGAAAGAGUGGAUAAAGCAUUGGAUCAAGCUCGAGGGACUGGUACGGUGCCUCCAGUUGAAGGCAGUGCUUCAAAUUUGGUUGUUGAUCAUAAUAAAGGAAAUAGUAAGAUGGAUCCUUCUCCAGACUCGUCUGUUAACUCUGUUUUGGAUAGGGACAAAAAUGGAAGAAUAAUAACUACUCCUGAGGGAGAAAAUUUUGGCUUAGGGGACAUUCAUGGAAGGACUAAGAAAUUCCAUGAUGAUAAAGAGUAUAGUUACCAGAAUAAAGGAUUGAGGUUCACAAAUAAUCAUAGCUUCUCUUUGAAGAUGGAUUCCAGCAGUGUAACAGAUAUGUGGGAAUCCCAUGACAAUCGACUUGAUUCUGAAAGCUUUAAAGUCAGAAUGCAACGCAUGGAAAGUGAGUCGUCCUUUUUGCAUGAGCAGUUACUCAAUCGAGGUCAUGAAACUUUCAGGUCUUCUCGUGACCUGAGGGAAGGUGGGUUUGACAGGUCUCAGUAUAAAGAUGAUACAGUGAAUUACGAUGAUCAUUGCCAUCUUGCCGAUGACUUGUCUGCACAUGAGAAUGAAUUCACUACCCCUUCAUCUGAGAAAAUUUCAGAUGACAUGAUGUUUGAUAGGUAUGUUGCUGAAUCAACAGAUCUUCUAAAACAAGCAAAAGAGUUUAUAAAGGGUAGGUAUGGUGAAGAGCAAGCUGAAAUGAUGUUAUACAGGUCUGCAAACUUACUAUCCAAAGCUGUGGCGUUGAAGCCUAUGAGUUUGUUGGCUGUAGGCCAGCUAGGAAACACUUAUCUUCUUCAUGGAGAAUUAAAGUUGAAGAUUAGUCGUGAGUUGAGAACUCUUCUUUCUGGGAGCAUCCAACCAUCAUCUGGAAAACAUAGAAUAUUGAAGGGACUGAGGAAUAAAAUCACUAGUAAAGACGAAGUUGCACCUUUACUUAUUGAUGUUUGUGAAGAGUGUGAAGAGCUACUAGUGGAGGCAGGCAGAAAGUAUAGGCUGGCAUUGUCAAUUGAUGCAAAUGAUGUUAGAGCACUAUACAAUUGGGGCCUUGCUCUUUCUUUCCGUGGCCAAUUGAUAGCAGAUAUUGGUCCGGGUGCAGCUUUUGAGGCUGAAAGAGUAUUCCUGGCUGCAAUUGACAAGUUUGAUGCUAUGCUGUUAAAAGGCAAAGUUUAUGCACCAGAUGCUUUGUUCAGAUGGGGUGUUGCAUUGCAACAGAGAUCUCGCUUAAGACCAGGAAGUAGUAAAGAGAAGGUGAAGUUACUGCAGCAGGCUAAAAGGCUAUAUGAAGAUGCCCUUGAUAUGGACUCCAAUAACAUGCAAGUGAAAGACGCCUUAUCCUCGUGUGUAGCUGAGCUUAAUUAUCGACAGUUUUAGCCAAUAAUGGAAAGAGUUACCCAGAAGAAUCAUUUUGCUUUCAAUCUCUUAUUUGCACUAUGUUAUAUCUGCCUUGGAUCAAGCACCAACUGCAGGUAUUUUUUGCAUAGUUGGCUGACGCAAACGAGUUAUGAUUUGUAUUAAUUAUUCCUAGAAUAAAAAAGGAUCGCACGUAAAAUUGGGGUAAUACCAAGGAUAGAAUGAAACCAUUUUCUUUACAUAUUUCUAUCCUAAAAUUCCUGUGAACACAAAUGCCAGGACUUUUCAUUAUCGGUAUAGAAAUAAUAUUUGAUUAUGCGCAAUCGUGGACACGCACAGUUGCUCUGUUGUGAUGCAUACUUGUGUGAUUACCAUUCUUCUAAAUUUGACGCACGUCC